AUGAAAUGGGGGUCUGGGAACUUCCUGCAAGAUGCUUGGGAGACCCGGCACAAUCUGGGGACGCAGAGUCACGAAGAAGAUGACAGGAAGGUAAGGAGGAGAGAAAAAAAUCGAGUUGCUGCACAGAGGAGCCGGAAGAAGCAAACUCAGAAAGCAGAUAAACUUCACGAGGAAUAUGAGUCUCUUGAGCAAGAAAAUACCUCCCUGAAAAGAGAAAUCGGAAAGCUAACAGAUGAAAUGAAACACUUGAGUGAAGUGUUGAAGGAUCAUGAAAAGAUCUGUCCACUAUUGCACUGCACCAUGAACUUUGUGACCGUACCAAGGCCUGACGCACUCUCCAGCUGCCUGCCAAGAUGAGACCUCUCCUUGAUCACCUUUAAAUGCGAUGUGUGAAAGUGCCAUUAACAGGGGAGACUUGAAGAACUGCCUACUUAUGGUGCAUGUCUUCCAUCAAAGAGGGCUGGACUUGACCAUGCAGUUCUUGUCCACGUUGAAGUGUUAUAGUCUUCUGAAUCUCAGGAAAACACCAGUAUGAAAAAAAGACAACUUGAACGGCGACUUCUUAUUUGGUAGAAUCUUCAAGGCAUGGUUUUGCAUUCAGAAAUACUGAAAUGCGGUGCAGCCCACCAUUGCGCGAUGGAAUGUAGACAGGGAAAAGUACCGACCUUGGGCUGGGAUGCCUUUCUCCCACACGUCCACUGCCAGUAAUUCUUUGUCACUUGUCAUCCAUGUAUAUCAUGGCUGCUGUUUGUUUUUCUCUAAACAGGUUUGGUUAAUAAAAGCAAUGUCCCAUCUUUAUGAUGUCCUCGACCUUUUUCAAUAAUCAAUGUCUUUAUAACAUCUUUAUUUUACUGGUCAAAUCCAAAGUCUAAUGUUAAUCUUCCUGUCAGUUGUUUUAUUAUUUGCUUAUCACCUCUUCAGUUGUUCCUCUUCUGAAGUGUGUGUGAAUUUUCCCAGUCUUUAUUUCUUGAUUAUCCCAGCCCUGCCGACAUUAGUUCUUGGAGUGUUUU